CUAGCUGACGUGCUGAACAAUUACAGCAUAUUCCGUUUUUAUUACCGCUGAUACAGGCCAGCAAGCAGCCUAAUACGCGAGGAGCACACACUCCUGCACGUAACUGCCACGGCAGGCCGGGAAGGGCAGAAAGAGAGAAAAUAAAAAGUGCACAGAGAGUUGACAAGAGGGUGCGUGCAAGGUGGUGGCGGGCGCCGCCAUCGCUUGCAGCUUGAUUGACAGGAGGCGAAGUCCUGGAGUGCGCAUUGCGCGUGUUGGCGGCGCCUGAACUUUGUCGCUGGAGUUUGACAGGGCGGCGGAGGGAGAGCGUGUGGAGGAGCCGCGGCGGGCCUGGUGCACGCUCCUCACCAGGUUAUGUAGCCCGCCCCGUGGAGUGAAAACGUCGGGCAGAAACUUUUCGAAGGUCACAGGCAGAAGCGGGUGGGGUUUCUCUGCUCCCGACGCGUGGGAAUCGGAAGGUGAAUCGUGGCUCCGGGGUCGGUUGCCGUUAAAAAUGUGUGGCAGCGGGGGCUGGAAUCUGGAUUGUGCCCCGGUCCCUUGCUUGGCUUGUGAACUUUGACAGUCGCCGGAGUGGAGAGGCGGCGGCUGGGAGGAUAUUUAACACAAACUCCAUUGAAGGCGGCUUUCCCAGUGAGAUCUCCACCUUUCUCUCUCUCUCUGUCUCCCCUCUUUCAUUGGGAGCCGAGUCUCGCCGCUCCCGGAGACUUUGGUUUCAUGUGGUGAGGGAGCCCGCGGCUCACUCCACUGGGAUAAUGACUUCCUACGUGGACCUACUUUUCAAGCAGGUUUUGAUGAAAAAACCGUCAGAAAGAAGCCAGCAGGAUUUAGAAAUCAUUUACUCACAUCUCCAUGGCAUGGACGUACUUUCUAAUUUGAGGGAACACCAACUCAGAUUGAUGUGCACAACAGUACGUUAUGAAAAGCAUGAUGCCAAUGAAGUCUUGUUCUACCCUGAUAGUAUUGCAACCUGCUGGUAUAUCCUCCUUUCGGGAUGCGUAUUUAUCAAAGAAUCAAUGUUUCUGCCACGUUGCAGUUUUGGCAAGCAGUCUGCUGGAAGCCUGAGACGAGGCUGUGAAUGUAUCGUUUUGGAAACUUCAGAAAUGAUUGUGGUUGAAAAUGUGAGUGAGAAUGAGGAGAAAAACCUACAGAGGGAAGUUACAAACCGGCAGUCCCGUCGGCGCUUCAGGAAGAUCAACCUAAAAGGGGAGCGACAAACAAUCACAGACAAUGUGGAUUCCUACCACUCUGACCGAUCCCAGCAGACCAGCACUUAUCACACGCUUCCUGCAGAUCUUACCAAGAUGCACCUCACAGAUAAUCCACAUCCACAAGUGACACUUGUCCCUUCCAGCCAGUCUGGGUGCAGUAUUGCCAGUGACUCUGGGAGCAGCAGCCUGUCAGAUAUCUAUCAGGCUACAGAGAGUGAAAUGGGAGAUGUGGAUCUUACUGGUCUUCCGGAAACAGCAGUAGAUUCUGAAGAAGAGGAAGAAGAUGAAGAGGACAUUGACCGUGCAUCUGAUCCAUUGAUGAGCAGGGAUGUUGUGAGGGAGUGUCUGGAGAAAGAACCUGCGGACCGAACUGACGAUGACAUUGAACAAUUGCUGGAAUUUAUGCAUCAGUUACCUGCUUUUGCCAAUAUGACCAUGUUUGUCAGAAGAGAGCUGUGCUCAGUAAUGAUAUUUGAAGUAGUGGAACAUGCAGGAGCAAUAAUAACUGAUGAUGGGAAAGAGCUGGAGUCGUGGUAUGUUAUUCUAAACGGCUCAGUGGAAAUCACUGACUCCCAUGGAAAAACUGAAACGCUUUGCAUGGGAAAUAGCUUUGGUAUUGCUCCUUCCUUAGAGAAACAAUAUAUGAAAGGAAUUGUUAGGACCAAAACAGAUGACUGUCAGUUUGUAAGUAUAGCUCAGCAGGAUUAUUGCCGAAUUCUGAACCAAGUAGAGAAGAAUACUCACAAAGUGGAGGAGGAAGGGGAGAUAGUAAUGGUGAAAGAGCACAGAGAGCUGGAUCGUACUGGAACCAGGAAAGGACAUAUUGUUAUAAAGGGAACACCAGAUAGACUUAUUAGACACUUAGUUGAAGAACAUUCCAUUGUAGAUCCCACGUACAUAGAGGAUUUCCUGUUGACAUGCAGAACGUUUCUCUCGGGUCCCAUGGAAGUUGGAGAGAGAUUACUGGAGUGGUUUAAUGUUGAUAGCCUGAGGGAUAAGGUCACACGAGUUGUGCUCUUGUGGGUGAAUAAUCAUUUCAAUGAUUUUGAAGGAGAUCCUGCCAUGACCAACUUUUUAGAGGAAUUUGAAAAUAAGUUAGAAACAGCGAAAAUGAAAGGACAUCUCAGAUUGUUGAACAUUGCUUGUGCUGCUAAAGCCAAAUGGAGGCAGAUAACUUUGCUAAAACCUUCCAGGGAGUCUCCAUUGUACUUUAGUCUACUUGGCGGCAGCGAGAGAGGAUUCGGUAUCUUUGUGGAAACUGUAGAGCCAGGUAGUAAAGCUGCUGAGGCUGGACUUAAACGAGGUGACCAGAUUAUGGAAGUAAAUGGACAGAACUUUGAGAAUAUCCAAUAUACAAAAGCUCAAGAAAUUCUGAGAAAUAACACUCAUCUGUCCAUCACAGUGAAGACCAACAUAUUUGUUUUUAAGGAACUCCUGAAUAGGUUGAUGCAGGAGAAAAAGAAUGGAGUUCCUCACAUUCCUAAAAUUGCAGAAAAAAAGGGUAAUCGUUACUCACAUCCAGAUUUGCACAGAGAUGUAGAACAGAUGUUCCCUUCAGAAAAAAGUAACAAGAAGAUGAAAGCCAACACAGUGUCAGGCGGCCGAAACAAAAUCAGAAAAAUACUUGACAAGACACGUUUCAGCAUCUUGCCACCAAAGCCAUUCAGUGAUGCUGGAGUAAGCCAGUCUCAGGAUGAUAGCAUCGUUGGAACAAGGCAGUUCAGGCACAGUGUUGCUAUAAUGCCAUUCCCUGGAACCCUUUCUUCUAGCAGCCCUGACCUGUUGCAACCUGCUACUAGUAUGCUUGAUUUUGCAAAUCCUGCAGAUGUACCAGAUCAAGUCAUCCGAGUUUUUAAGGCUGAUCAACAAAGUUGCUACAUCAUCAUAAGCAAAGAUACUACAGCAAAAGAAGUCGUCGUCCAUGCUGUGCAUGAAUUUGGCCUGACUGCACCCUCUGAAACAUACUCUCUCUGUGAAGUUUCUAUAAGCUCUGAAGGUGUAAUCAAACAAAGAAGACUUCCUGAUCAGUUGUCUAAACUUGCUGACAGGAUCCAAUUGAACGGCAGGUACUAUCUGAAAAAUAAUAUGGAAACAGAGACUCUUUGCUCAGAUGAAGAUGCCCAGGAAUUAUUGAGGGAAAGUCAAAUCUCUCUGCUGCAACUUAGCACUAUUGAAGUAGCUACUCAGCUGUCAAUGCGAGACUUUGAGUUGUUCCGGAACAUUGAGCCCACUGAGUAUAUUGAUGACCUAUUUAAAAGGGAGUCAAAAACGGGAAAUGUACAUCUCAAGCAGUUUGAGGAUGUUAUCAAUCAGGAAACCUUCUGGGUUGCUACUGAGAUUUUGAAGGAAUCUGUCCAGUGGAAAAGGAUGAAGAUAAUGAAACACUUCAUUAAAAUUGCCUUGCACUGCAGAGAGUGCAAGAACUUCAAUUCCAUGUUUGCCAUCAUCAGUGGGCUAAACCUUGCGCCAGUUGCACGACUUAGAGGCACUUGGGAAAAGCUUCCAAGCAAGUAUGAAAAGCUGCUACGAGACCUUCAAGAUCUCUUUGAUCCCUCGAGAAACAUGGCAAAAUAUAGAAAUGUUCUCAGCAGCCAGAGUCUGCAGCCACCCAUCAUUCCACUGUUCCCUGUAGUCAAAAAAGAUCUCACUUUUCUGCACGAAGGAAAUGACUCCAAAGUGGAAGGUUUGGCAAAUUUUGAGAAGCUGCGGAUGAUUGCCAAGGAGAUUCGACAUGUUGUCCGUAUGACUUCAGUUAACAUGGAUCCUGCUGUAAUGUUCAGAAAUAGGAAGAAGAGAUGGAGGAGUUUGGGGUCAUUAAGUCAAGGCAGCACAAAUUCCAAUGUGUUAGAUUCAGUCCAAGGUGGGGGUCAUAAGAAGAGAGUGCGCCGCAGCUCCCUGCUCAAUGCUAAGAAGCUUUAUGAAGAUGCACAAAUGGCUCGAAAGGUUAAGCAGUAUCUUUCAAACUUAAAUGUGGAGACAAAUGAGGAGAACAUUCAAAUGAUGUCAUUACAAUGUGAGCCUGCCUAUAGCACAUUAAGCAAGAACUUUGCUGAGCGACGGUCGUAUAAAAGCUCCGACAUGUCCCCAGUAAUUACAAGGUCAUCUGGUCAACAAGGAAAGCACCAAGUACAGCAACGAAUGAGUCAAACUCUGCAAUUGCCAACAGUACCUUCAAGCACCUCACGCAAGAAAGUACCAACCCCGGCAUUUGGUACCAAUUCGCCACAUUCCUUGAAGAAGACUUUAGUCAUGUCUGAGGAAGUACAGGCAGAUAGAAGCAAGAAGAAUACUGACGACACAGUGUCAACAGCAUCCUCGCAACUCUCUUCUCCUCCUGUAUCUCCUCACAACUCCCCACGCAAAGCCCUGGCUCCAAUCACAAGAAUCGACAACUUCUCCGACUCAAGUCACAGUGAGAUUUCAUCACGUUCCAGCAUUGUCAGCAAUUGCUCUGUUGAUUCCAUGUGCAUUGCUAUGCAGGAUGAGAGGAGUUUGCCACAGUCCAUCAGUGUGCCAGAUGCAGCAGAACCAGGUGGAGGGAGACACGUACCACAGGCAAACAGAUCUGCACAACCCAACACAAGUUCUUCUGUAAUUUUAAGUACUGAAAAGCGAGGGUGCCUGGUUAUGGAUACAGCAGUCACAUCUUCAAGUAAUGAAGAGUUGGCCCGCGAACACAAUGAUCACAUCUCAAUUGAUGCAGCGGACAGUGGCCGUGGAAGCUGGACUUCAUACUCCAGCAACUCCCAUGACAACAUCCAGACAAUCCAAAAUCAGAAAAACUGGGACCUACUAAAUGCUUCUAAAUAUACUCAUACUUUAGAUGGACCAAUUGCAGAAAUUGAACUGACAGAAUCUUGGACCACAGGCUGUCACUUAUACUCUGGAAACCUGACUAAAAGCCCUUGUCCGAUUCAGUCUAAAGACAGCAUUGAAUGUGUUCAUUCCAGGGAAAGCUGGAUGUCUUCAACAUAUUCCCACUUGGACAAGUAUGAAACAGACUUUGGAACCGUUAACCGAGUAGGAUUGCACGAGACUACAGCUGAAGCACCUGGGCGCAGUGAGAAUUUUUCAAAUUCUAAACCAAACAUUGACCCCUCUUGCAAAGCUGUCACUUCAAGCACAGAAAAGGGUCUCAUAGUGUAUUGUGUUACUGCAGCACAAAGGGAUGGUAGGUAUAGAGAGCCACCACCCACUCCUCCAGGCUACGUGGGAAUUCCGAUAGCACAUAUAAAGGAAGGAGGACGUCACCAUCCGCACUUAAAACCUCCAGACUAUAGUGUUGCAUUGAAAAGGUCACGGAUGGUACCACAAACUUCUGACGAGGCCAGACUGCCGCAGACUCCCAUUGCUAGUCAACCAAUGUCCAGCAACCAACCUAAAGUUCUGGGAAUACCUCAGUGGCAUAAACUGCCUGAAUCUGACCCCAGACUUGCACAGCUUAACCACCAGGGUCUUCAAGAUGAUGAAGAUGAUGAAGACGAACAGGUUUCUGCAGUUUGAUGCUUGGAUAAUUUGGGGUUCCCAUUGCAACAGUGGAGCACUGGACUUAUAAGGACCAUAAUAUUUUUUGUUUUCAGAAUGCAGGCAGCUGCUUUUUUUUUGUUUUCUGCCUUAAAGUACAUCAUCUUUGCGUCAAGUUCUGCAUGUGGCAAAAUCAUGAAGGCCUAUCCAUUUUGUCUUUGAGUGGAAAGUAAUUAAAUCAAGCACAGUUUAGUUUUCCAAGUUUGUAAAGCUGCAUUCACUCCUGCUAUCUGAAGUGCAGUAUUUGGUAAUCUUAAUCUUGCCAAAUGCUUUUUAAUUUUGGGAAUAUUAGGCAUUAGAUAUUAGGCUCUAAAGUAGUUUUAAUUAAUGAAUUAUAUUGUAAUUUAAUCUCUUGUGCAUAAUUGAAAUAUGAGCAUAAAUAGUGUACAAAUAACUAGACUGAUCAGGGGAAACACUCAUAAAUUGUGUUACCUUACACAGGUGGUGGCCAGCUAAGGGCUGUUGAUUAUAGAUUGUGUUGACUUAAGAUUUUCAUGACAAACAGGGUAUUCCAUUUUCCUUUGGUCCUUAGUGGAUAUUCUGUUUAUUUCCAUAGUUUACUAAUUUACAUUAAAAUACAAAUUAGCAUCUUUUCAGUUUUAAUGAAAGCUGUAUUGACUUGGGGAUUGCAGUUAGAUUUUAGCAACAUUGUUUGGGAAUUCUUGUACUCGUAAUGCUUUGUGCUGUCAAGCAUGGGACUAGAUUGUGUGGCAUAAAUUCUGUUGUGAACUUCUAUUAUGCUGUGUUUGCACAUAUGACAGGAAUCUGGAUUAUACAACCAAGACCAGAUGUAGAGUGUCUAUUUAUAAAUGGCUUACUAGGGAAACAAAUCAAAUCAAUGGUUUGUCAACUGGAGCUAUGCUGCAAGUAGGCUGAUCAUCCAAAGCAUCUAUGUUGCUUGGUUGCUUAAAAUUCUAUCUAAGUAUGCCACUGUUCGGGCUAUUGAGCAAGCAAAAAAUAUGUUGCAAUUUUUUUAUUUAAGAAUCAUUUAGUAUGCAGUUUAAGUCUCAUUAAUUUUUAAUUAUUGCAUCUUCCUCUUUACCUCCAAAACCUGACUGAAGAGUAGAUAGAGAUUAUCCACCACCAAAAUUAUUCUUUAAAACUUCAAAAAUCUAGCAGUUUUUAAUUACUUAUUUGUUGGUCUAGUUAUUUGUAUGUGUAUAUGAUCAUAUAUGUGACUGGAAAAACUAUUUUCAUCAAGACUAACCUCUGAACAAAAUCUUAAUUUCUUACAUUGGCUGGUAGUUAUAUAAUGACAUUACUUGACUUUUUUAAAUCAUUCACUGUGGCAUUGUCUUUGCACCUUAACUGGUGAGGAAAGUUUACAAGGUAAGCAAGAAGCAAGGUAAAGUUAUUGUUUUUUUUUGCAGAAUUAAUUUUAGUUUUCCAGAUUGUGAUUGGCCAUUAUUUAUGGUCAGGAAUUUUGGGCAUGAUCCCUUGUGCCUUUAUUUAAUCAUAGGGGCAGCAAGGUUUUUGAAACUAAGCGGUAAAUUGAAACAAGUACAGUAUUAUGAUUGCCAGAAGCUUCCUUAUUAAAGGACUAAAACACUUUCUGCCCCUUAAAUGUAAAUAAAAGGAGAUAUAAAAAAGAUAAAUGAGGAAAAAAAAAAUAAAUCUUGAUUAGUUUUCUUUAUAUCCAGAUUACAGUGUGGCUUGCAUCUGCUUGUCCUACUGUGACUGUUUAAAAAAAAAAUUGACUGAUCAUAUUGAUCAGUUUGUUCAACAAGAUUGUGUAGUAUUCAUAGUAGCAAAUCUUGUCAGUGCUUUAUUUAAAUCUAAUUUAAAAUCUUCAGCCUUGGGUGAUUGUUUGCAAUUUUUUCCCACAAUGUCAUUUGUUAAUGGUAAUUUGGGCUUUAUUUUUGAUAUACAUAUAUAUAAAACUGGAGUGCACUUCAUGGACUAUGUAUUCUUAUCAAAAUGGGCGUUAAGCAUAUUGAAUAAGCUGCACAAUCAUUGUAAACAUACAGGUAUUAGAGAAAUAUUCUGCGAUGUCCAUUCACAAAGAAGAAAUAUAAUUGUAAAGAAUAUGUAAUAUUAACUAAUGUUUUCUCCUACUUUUGAUACUACUUGUAACUUAUGUCUUUUAGAAAGACAGUUCGUGUCUGUAUGUUUUUUUAUACUUUUAUCAGUGUACAUAUUUGUUAUAUUUUUGUUGAACAAAUGUUAUAAAAUGUAUUGUUUAUUUCUUCAGAUUUCAUUAAAGUGAAUGA